AUGAAGGGUGUCGCGUAUAUUAUCUGUCCUAUAUUUAUAUUAUCAUGUACAAAUGCUCAAUAUUUGCUCGAAGUUGUAAGUUUUAAAAAGAAAGUGAUAAUUUUAGUAACUAAAAAGUUGUUUUAGCUUUAACUAUUUUUGAUUUUACUUGGUAUGAUUUUAGUUAGAAACGACGGCAUUGGGUAAUCAACGUCCUGUGAUGCGAUGUGAAGCUACAGGAGCCAACUUUGGGAUGGAGGUGAUUGAUUUCACCUUUACUGAUAAAGCAGUUGGUUGUGCUGUUCCAGUGGAUCCACAAGACGCUUGUACCGGUGCCAAGGUAAUUUUUUGAUUCAUUUUAUUGAUUUUUAGGUAACACUUUGCAAGCUUUGUACCCUUUUUUGGGUUUUUCGUAAAGUUAUUCUAAAAAUCUAUAAUAUAUACGUUUUGAUUUCUGUAAUAAUUGAAAUUUUAAUGUAAAUUUACUUUCAGUUGCCAGAAAUUAACGCGACAGCUGGCUGCGACAGUUAUUUUGCGAUUGUGCCUCAGGGAAACUGCAGCUUUUCUUUGAAAGCUUAUAAUGUUCAAAAUGCGAAACCUAUCGGAUAUGAUGCUUUGGUCAUUUACACAGCUGAAAAGAAGAGUCCCGUUCCGAUGUCUGGGGCCGAACACGCUUCAGAUGUCAAGAUCCCUCUAGCCAUGGUCAAUCAUAAGUGCAUGGUUAACAUUCUGGGACAGUAUGGCAUGAAUAACGGGUAAGAGGGUUUUGCUACUAUUUUUACUUUUUUGUUUUCUCCAAUACACAAUCCCUUUAAUUUAGGUAUUGUAUUAUGUGGUAACAAAAUAUGUUUUGAGGUGUGUACUUGGAAGUUUACAGAAAUUUUUUAAAUAAUGUUUUUAAACUUUAGGUAUCUAAUAACUAUCAAGCCAUCACCUGGAUAUUACGAUCUGAUCAAAUAUCUGGUCCCCUUUGUUGUAAUUGUUGGGUUUUGCUUCAUUGUUCUCUUUAUUUCAUUGGUAAGUACUUUUGACUUCUUUAUAUUAAUUCUAAAAGUAUUAAAUGAUGUCAAGUGUUUUUAAUCAGACAAUUUGUUUUUUUUAAUAAAUCAAAAUUCUAUUUUUAGGUAGUCAGAUUAUGUAGAGAACGGAGACGCCAAGCCAGGAAACGUUUGUCCAGAUCAAAUCUGAGGAAGAUUCCAGUCAAGAAGUUCAAGAAAGGCGAUUGGGCGGAAACAUGUGCAAUUUGCUUGGAUGAUUUUGUUGAAGAUGAAAAGGUUCGGGUCCUGCCAUGUCGACACAGUAAGUUGAUUAUUUAAUUUCUUCGAAUUAGACGCUUAAUUCAAUUAAGUGAAACCAAACUUUUUCGAGAAUACAUUAUAAUGACACUAUAGAACUGUAAAAUAAAAAGUCAUUUAAUGUUGUUGACAAAUAAUUAAAAAUUAUGAAUUUAUACUAAUGUCAAAAUGCUUUAGCUUACCACUGCAAAUGCAUCGACCCUUGGCUAACCAAGAACCGAAAAGUAUGUCCAAUUUGCAAACGGAAGGUCGGACCAUCAUACGGAUCUGACAGUGACUCUGAUACUGAAAGAUCUGCCCAAUCCACCAGCAUUCCGACCCGCGAGGACGACCCGCUGAUUCAGAAUCAGCAGCCUCGCACCACGGAUUCGAAUGCCAAUUUUUUAGGGCGUUCGUCCCCGCCCCGAGCGUUCCCCGCGUUCAACUGGUUCCGUUCUUCUACCACUACAGCUGAAGAUUCUGGAGAACAGCCCAGCACCUCACGAGCUGUUCAAGAGGUAGCUCAUGAACAAGAACAACGUUCGGUUGGUGACAGGCUCAGGUCCUCUGUGGGUAGAAGAUUACAGGUAGUCAGAAGUUGGGUAGGGCGCAACCGCAAUCCACACAGCCGGCUGGAGAACGAUGACACUUUGUCAACGACCGUCACAGACGUUGAGGUAUGUUGUUGUUGGUGGUUGGUUAAUUAUUAAUUUUAUUGUUUUGGAGUUUUAAGUCAAUAGUUAUAGACGAUUGUUUUCAUUAAAAACAAGUUUAAUUUUAAUUUAUUCGGGUUUUGUAUGCCUUUUGUUGAGCGUAAUCAAUUGUUGAACAUUUCAGAGUGAUUCAGUCUCCGCAGCUGAAACCCCAAUAUACGAAGGCCAUGGACAAAGUAAUAGUACAAACGUGCUGGUGCGUAUAGAUGUAAGUUGAAAACAACGAUUACAUGUAUAUGAUAAACCUCUGGUAACAUAUCAAUGCCUUUUAUUAUGGUUUCAAACUAGGACCGAUAAAGUAUAUCUCACUGUAAUAUACCUUCAUCAUGUUAUAGUUUACCCAGACAAAUGUUAUGAUGACUAUUUUCAGAACCGUCCACCACCCCGUGUCCAACACGUCGAGGUGGAGAUCCACGAAACAGUAUGA